AAUCACAGUUUUGAUUUCAAUAUUAUUACUGAUCACACUGUGGAGCAAUGAGCUUAAUUUUGUCAAGGUGAGGUGGUGGUAACCGGUCAAGUCAACCGAAAGUCAUCUCGCACGAAGUCAUGUCGCCUGGAACCUAAAGUCGUUUUUCAAAACUACAAUCACUUUGUAAGCAAAGUGCAUAAUUAACAACUGUAGAGUGACGUCCGUGUUUCAGUUUUGGAAUGAAAUUGGUGAUGUGCCUUCCCUUUGAUAGACUUUAAUAAAAUGUAGAUGCAGAUGAAAGAAUGAAAUUCUUUGUCUUAUCGAAAAACUUUAAAGCAGAUUGUUGAAACAGCAAUUGCUUUACGGCGCGAAGGACUGAGGCGACUCAACCCCAGUACCCUCUCGAUAAGCAGCCAUGUUUCUUUCUUAACCACUACGAACAAAGUAUGAAGAUAAUGCACUUUAAUUUUCGUCGUUUCUUUAGUUGUUUCUCGUUUUUUAUAACUUUUAUUAAGAAAAUUUUAUUUAGAGGCCGUCAAAGAAAAUCUAGCCAGAGCGAUAAGGAUAGCAUACCAACUUCGGUAGCUGUGAGCCGAGACCAAGCUUUAGAGGGUGAGGGGGAAUGGGAGGAAUGGGAUCAAAUGGAAGAGUUCAGCGUGAAAGUUGAACCAGCGUGUGGUCCACAACAGCCUUCUGCUGAGGAGGAUCUCUUCCAUGACAUGACUCCUGUCUUUCAAAAACCAAAGAAGAUUGUUGUUAAGAAGAAUAAAGGUUACCCUGAUGGUGGUUAUAAUACACGCACAGAGACUUCACCAAGUCGUUUAAACUUUGACAUGAAUUACACCCCUGUAGAGCCUGAGCUGGGUACUUGGAAUGAUGAUUCAACUUCAGUAUGGGAUGAGGAAGCUGUUUCAGAAAAAGACAUUGAGUGGGAAACAGAAAAAUUAGUGAAAGAAAGAAAACAGGCAGAGAGAGAACGACGUGCUAUGGAACAACAAAGAAGGAGAGAAGAAAGGGAAGCACUGAAGCACAUGGACAAAAAAACGCAAGGACAUCUUGGAGUCAGACUAUCUACGUAACAUUGUAACAAACACAUGCAGGAUUCUUCUCUCUGGGCCUUCAGAAUUAGUGUAAUAAUUGUCACUGUCAAAGGGUUAUCAGUAUUAAAAUUCUCCUUACAAUUUAAAUAUACAAUCAAGUAAAACAGUUGUGAGAGUUUGGAAAGUAAGAAGAAUAUGGUCUCGAAUUAAUAUCAAGUUAUCGGUGACAGCCACCAAAAUAAGUUCAUGGCUUUCAUUGGGACAGUUUUUGUUUUUUUUUUAGUGAAAAGGAUGAAAUAGCUGCACAUGUUUUGAGUUAGUCUCUACUGAUGACAUUCAAGUAGAGUUUUAAAGAAGUAUUGUUACAGAGAAGAGGAUAGGGUUUAAGGCUUUAAUUAGAUUGCAAAAAGGCAGAUUGUAGAAGGAAUUUCUGGGCUUGUUUGCUGUGGUCAGAUCUGUAAGUGACCCUGCAAAAAUGUUAGUUACAUGGAAAGGAGUAUUGUUUGAUAUUUGUGUCCAGUUAUUUGGGUGUGAACUGUCCAACAGUAGGAUGAAGGCCAAUAUUAGUGCUUUUAAUGGGACAAAUUUCCAUCUUUGCAUAUGUAUCUUGAAGAAGGUAGGGUUUGAGGGCUAACUAGAUAGCAGAAUUUAUGAAAACAGGUUUUAAGAAUAAACAAUUGAUGGAAGACUUG